UGGGUGGGACUUAGAUAUCCGUGGGUCAGAGGUAAGGUCCCGUGCCUGCGUGGGCCACGGCCUGUUGGUUGCAGCCCUCUCUUCUUGGCUGGUUGAGGGUUUACCUGGCCGAGCUGCGCAAUGCGGAGGCUGCAGGUAGUGCUGGGUCACCUGAAGGGCCGGCCCGCUUCGGACCCGGAGCCGCAGGCCGCCCCGUGUUGGAGCGGCGCGCGGCGGGCGUCCGCAGAGGAUGUCGUGGUGGUGCACGGGCGGCGCACGGCCAUUGGCCGGUCGGGCCGCGGCGGCUUCAAGGACACCACUCCCGACGAGCUUCUCUCCGCCGUCAUGACCGCGGUUCUCCAGGACGUCAAGCUGAGCCCGGCCCAGCUGGGAGAGAUCUGCGUGGGAAACGUGCUUCAGCCUGGGGCCGGAGCGACCAUGGCCCGAAUCGCCCAGUUUCUGAGUGACAUCCCGGAGACUGUGCCUUUGUCAGCUGUCAAUAGGCAGUGUUCGUCGGGGCUCCAGGCGGUGGCCAGCAUCGCUGGUGGCAUCAGAAAUGGGUCUUAUGACAUUGGCAUGGCUUGUGGGGUGGAGUCCAUGUCCCUAGCUGACAGAGGGAACCCUGGAAAUAUUACUUCACGCCUGGUGGAGAAGAAGAAGGCUAGAGACUGCCUGAUUCCUAUGGGGAUAACCUCAGAGAAUGUGGCUGAGCAGUUUGGCAUUUCCCGAGAGAAGCAGGAUACCUUUGCACUGGCUUCCCAGGAAAAGGCAGCCAGAGCCCAGAGACAGGGCUGUUUCCAGGCUGAGAUCGUGCCUGUCACCACCACGGUCCGUGACGACAAGGGCACAGAGCAAAGCAUCACCGUGGCCCAGGACGAGGGCAUCCGCCCCAACACCACCAUGGAGGGCCUGGCCAAGCUGAAGCCCGCCUUUAAGGACGGGGGCUCUACCACGGCUGGAAACUCUAGCCAGGUGAGUGAUGGGGCUGCUGCCAUCCUGCUGGCCAGGAGGUCCAAGGCAGAAGAGUUGGGCCUUCCCAUCCUUGGGGUCCUGAGGUCCUAUGCAGUGGUUGGGGUUCCACCUGACAUCAUGGGCAUUGGUCCUGCCUACGCCAUCCCUGUGGCUUUGCAGAAAGCAGGGCUGACCGUGGAUGACGUGGACAUCUUUGAGAUCAACGAGGCCUUUGCCAGUCAGGCUGUGUACUGCGUGGAGAAGCUGAAACUCCCCCUUGAGAAGGUGAACCCUCUGGGGGGUGCAGUGGCCUUGGGCCACCCGCUGGGCUGCACGGGGGCUCGACAGGUCAUCACGCUGCUCAACGAGCUGAAGCGCCGCGGGAAGAGCUGCUGCCGCGUCCCCAGGGCACCUCAUCUCCUCCAGCCAGCCAGCCCAGGAUCUGCACUCGGGACCACUGUCUCCCACCCUCAUGGCCUUUGGCCUCUUAUGGCCCUUUGGAUGAAAUUUCUUCAUCUUUUAAAUGGAAAUAAUUACUUUCUCUGCUAAUCAAAAUCACUUAUUUUUAAAAAUUUAACAUAGACUGUAUUUCACCCAUAAUCCUAUCCCACCCCACAGCAUGACUCGCUGUAUUUCAGUUAGAACUGUCUAGACUUGUGUGCAUAAAACACACAUAAAUGAGGGGCAUUGUGGGCAUGCUUUCGUUUUGGUAAUCUUUUUUUCUUUUAACCACAUACAAUAAUUUUACUAAUGAAGGUUUACGGCAUUGUUUAACUGGCUGUGGGAAUCCCAGAGUAUGGAUGUAGCCUAACGUUUUAUCUGAUCUUCUCCUGGUGGACACAUGUCUACACUGUCUCCUUUCUUCCCCCUCUAUUAUAAACAAUGCUGAGAAGAAAAAGAAGCCUGGUAUGAAACUUG